AUGCUACAAGGGGUGCUGUUCUCUCACACCGCUGCACUCCUGGAGGCUGCCUGGCCCCGCGGGGAGGAUUCCUGUCUCCUGUUAUACCCGAUGUGCGCCUUCUUAUUCCGCUUGGUGCUCGCGUCGGGUGAUCCGCUGCGGCCAGAUGUGACAGAAUUACGCAUCCCGCCGAGGACCGCCGAGUUGGAUGAGAGCGCACACGUCGGCUACUUUUGCGGGGACUUUCCCUAAAAAACUGUUUAUUGCGAAGAGCUGCACUCCCAGUACAUUUCUAUCCCACGUCCCAGCUGGUGCGCUGCUGCUGCUGCUGCUGCUUCCGCCGCGCUCCCCCUCUCGGGAUCGAGACUGGACGGUGAGACCUCUGCGCGCAGUCGGACCUCCCGGACACACGCGUUUAAUGGAUCCAUUUCCUCAGCUGGUUUCGGACCGUACUCACUUGUUCUGCACACUAUCCGGGGGUCGACGGGAGCGGCUGUGCGCAAAGAAUGUGGUUUUGCGCCAAUCCAGCGCUGGUGUGAACCCACUCGACCUGCUCCACCUGGACACUUGCGGCUGAUUUUUGCGCUUCUCGCCCGGACACGCGCGCGCACUGAGCGGAACUCUGAUGUUGAAGAUCCGUAGGCUGAACACUGAAUCCUUCACUCAAGACGGCAAGUGACGAUGGCUCCUACGUGUUCAAUGUGUAUUUCAUCCGAUUGGCGUCCAGUCUAAUCAACAUCAUCAGCGAUGUAGUCAGUCUGUUCAUCUGCGUGUUGAUCAUUUGCAGUAAAUACUCCCAUCUGCUCAAGCGGGAGACCAUGAAGAUGAUCCUCCUGCGCAAAUUCCGGGUUCUGAUCCUCAUGGUGUUCCUCAUCGCCUGCUCCAUGCACAUCAUGAUAGACCUGCUGCCGAAGCUGGAGAGGCACGGCAACGGCGGCUGCUCCUGCUCCCACACGCCGAGCGAGGAGCCCCAGAGCUGGGGGAAGCAGCAGGGCUGGCCCAACAAGCACACCCUGCGGAUCCUCCAGGACUUCAGCAACGAGCCCAGCUCCAACGUGUCCUCCCACUCCCUGGAGAGGAGCCCGGUGACGGGCGACAAGACGCAGGCUCUCCGGCGGCUGGAGCUCCACGGGCUGCGCGGUGACAGGAAGAGACAGUUCAUCCAGGACGCCGCGGGGGCCAAGAACAUGCCGGUGAAGGGUUCAAGGUUGCUGGCUCUCUAUGAGCACCCCUUAUAUAAACGAGCCCUGCCACCUCUGACAGACGAGGACACGCUGUUCAACGUCAACACGGACAUCCGAUUUGACCCCAAAGCAGCAGAGGACCAGGCAUGGAAUACUGAAGGCAACGUAGACGAGUUCAGCCCCACAGGGGAGCUGACAGCAGAGUCCUACCCUAACUGGCUCCGCUUCCACAUUGGGAUUAAUCGAUACGAGCUGUACUCCAGACACAACCCGGUGAUCGAUGCCCUCCUGAAGGACCUGGUCACCCAGAGGAUCACCAGUGUGGCGAUGAAGUCUGGAGGCACUCAGCUGAAGCUCAUCAUGACCUUCCAGAACUACGGCCAGGCUCUGUUCAAACCUAUGAAGCAGACCCGGGAGCAGGAGACGCCGCCAGACUUCUUCUACUUCUCUGACUUUGAGAGACACAACGCUGAGAUCGCUGCCUUCCAUCUGGACAAGAUCCUGGACUUCCGCCGUGUGCCCCCAGUGGCCGGCCGGUUGAUGAACAUGACCAAGGAGAUCAGGGACGUCACGCGAGACAAGAAACUCUGGAGGACCUUCUUCAUCUCGCCAGCCAACAACGUGUGUUUCUACGGAGAGUGCUCGUACUACUGCUCCACCGAGCACGCUCUGUGCGGGAAGCCGGACCAGAUCGAGGGAUCCCUGGCGGCCUUCCUCCCGGACCUGGCCCUCGCCAAACGCAAGACCUGGAGGAACCCGUGGAGACGCUCCUACCACAAGCGAAAGAAGGCAGAGUGGGAGGUGGACCCAGAUUACUGCGAGGAGGUCAAACAGACGCCACCGUACGACAGCGGGACGCGGCUGCUGGACAUCAUGGACAUGACCAUCUUUGACUUCCUCAUGGGAAACAUGGACCGCCACCAUUAUGAGACAUUUGAAAAGUUUGGAAAUGAGACUUUCAUCAUCCAUCUGGACAACGGCCGAGGCUUUGGGAAGCACUCCCACGAUGAGAUUUCCAUCCUGGUGCCGUUGACCCAGUGCUGCAGGGUCAGGAAGUCGACCCACCUGCGUCUGCAGAUGCUGGCUAAGGAAGAAUACAAGCUGUCCACGCUCAUGGCAGAAUCCCUGGUGAGGGACCGGCUCAGUCCCAUCCUCAUCCGGCCCCAUCUGGAGGCCAUGGACCGACGAAUACGCCAGGUGCUGAAUGUGCUGUCCGAGUGCAUCGAGAAGGAGGGCUACAGCUACGUGAUGGAGGACGACCUCCAGGGGGACAGGGGGAAAGACCACGGCCACGCCGGCCCGCGGCGGAGGUAGCUGUCCGGGGGUGGGGGGCCCUGGAUGGAACUGACUACUCGGAGAUAGGAGGCUGGACGGAGCAGAUCCAGUCUUUGUUUUUGAAAACUGAACUGGCUUCCUGUUACACAGAUGAGCUCCAUCUGUGCUGAAUUCCUUAGAGGGCUCGGUUUGUGCUGAACUGACAGAGGAAGCCCACCUGCCUGAGAUAAAUAAAAAAUAAACAUGCUGCGUGGAAGUAGAGGCCUGCUGGAAAGGACUUAGACUUGGACGCAGGUGAAGAACUCAGCGGAGAGUCAGGGCUCCGCACGGAACCGAAACCAUUCCACAUCACCCAGACUCCUUAAAGUGUCCAGCCCUGACUGUAGUGUAGGAGAGCAUCACCGCACCACGGCAGACCCCAGCACCCACUGACCCACCGCAGCAUCACCAAACCAGUCUCGCAAGAGACGCCUUCUCUCUGUCUGGUCCAGGACCCUUCGUUUGAAUUCAGUGAAUUCUGAGGGACUUGUGCAGAACCUCCUGACCCCCUCCCCCCCUCAACACAAGCUGAGUCAUGUGUUUCUAAGUAUCGUGGGUAUUUCGAGUGUUUCAGUUCACAGAGGAGGAGGAGGUCAACUUCCUGUUGUCUUAAUUAUCAAAAUGAUGUUUUGAUUUUCGCUGCAGAAUGUUUUAUUUCGUUGCGUUUUCUUAUUUUUUUAUAUUCUAUUUCUGCUGAGCUGUUUCAGCUCCUACCAUUGGUAUUGGAGAAGGAGAUAUUUGAUUGGAGUGCAGGUUUACUCCUGGAUUUGAUUCAUUUUGCCCCUAAAUGUCCUUGAGAGAGUAUUUAUUAAAAAUCCAUAUUUAUUGUUUGAGGUUUUUCUUGUUAAUAAGAGCUGUUGAGUUGACAUCAGAGAGGUGUACUUCUUCAUUUGUCCAGUAGAGGGCAAACUGAGCAUGUGCAAAAGUAGCGACCAGGUCUGUGCCUGUCAGUAAAAUGACCCCUCUCCAUAUUUCCACCCGUUUCCAAAUAUCAAACCUGAUUUCAAAUAGUUUUCCAGUCACCAUGAGAAAGAUUCAGAAGAGCGAGUCUGUGCCUCUGUUUACAACAUUUAAUCCAAACUACUGUUCUUUUCUGUUUCUACUUCUUUCCAUUCAACUGACAGGAGGUUACGUUUCCGGUACCACGAGCCAAAUGUGACCCCGAAAAAGUUUUUAUAUUUUUGUUUUUCUUUGUAAUAUAUUUGAUGUCCAGAUGUUGCUGUUGUGGAGAGAUUAUUUUUCAGGAUGUAAAUUUCAUUCAUCGCCAACAGCGGACGGCCGAACUGACGGCGUCAGUGAUUCAGCUGAAAGUUAAUAUAUAGAGUAGGACAAAUCUAGUGCCUGUGCAAUGAUAGAAAUACUUGAAUGUCUGGUUUCACAGUGGAAAAGGCUCGAGCUUCUCCCAGGUACGAGAUAAGACCCUGGGGUCUACAUGUAUAUGUGUGCGUGUGCGUGUGAGUGUGUGUGAGUGUGCGUGUGCUGACUUCAUCUGUCUCCAUGAGGGUUUUAUUCUACAGUUUCCAUCUUCCUGUGUCAGGUGGGAGUGUAUGAACUUGUGUGUGUGUGGGGGGGACCUUUAGAUGAUCUGCUUUUUCUUUUCAUCACACUCAUCGUUUCUGUGGAUUUUAUUGUUCAUUUCUUUGCAUCAUGGUUAAAAGUGCAAUAAAACAAAAAUGAGCAUAAUA